UUGAAAUGAAGAACAAAGGGGAGCUCAUGAAGCGUUCCACAGCGUAAGUUGUGCCCAAACGAGUCACCGCAAUUAACCCAAUGGUCUACAUUGCAUCUCGCGCUUCCAUAGGUCUCCCCAUUCUUGCUUCCUAAAACCACCAUCUCUUUCCUUUCCUUAAUUAAGGCAGUAGAAGAUGGCUGACGCUGAAGAUGUUCAACCCCUUGUCUGUGACAAUGGAACUGGAAUGGUCAAGGCUGGAUUUGCUGGAGAUGAUGCUCCACGUGCUGUGUUUCCCAGCAUUGUUGGCCGUCCUCGUCACACUGGUGUGAUGGUAGGAAUGGGGCAGAAAGAUGCAUAUGUUGGUGAUGAGGCUCAGUCCAAGCGAGGUAUUUUAACUUUGAAAUACCCAAUUGAGCAUGGAAUUGUCAGCAACUGGGAUGACAUGGAAAAGAUUUGGCAUCACACCUUCUACAAUGAGCUUCGUGUUGCCCCAGAAGAGCACCCUGUACUGCUGACUGAAGCGCCUUUGAAUCCCAAAGCCAAUCGUGAGAAAAUGACCCAAAUCAUGUUUGAGACCUUCAACACUCCUGCUAUGUAUGUUGCCAUUCAGGCUGUUCUGUCCUUGUAUGCCAGUGGUCGUACAACUGGUAUUGUGAUGGACUCUGGUGAUGGUGUGAGCCACACAGUUCCCAUAUACGAGGGUUAUGCACUCCCACAUGCAAUCCUUCGUCUUGACCUGGCUGGCCGUGACCUUACUGAUCACUUGAUGAAAAUCCUCACUGAGCGUGGAUACUCUUUUACCACCUCAGCUGAGCGAGAAAUUGUGAGGGACAUGAAAGAAAAGCUGUCCUAUAUUGCUCUUGACUUUGAACAGGAGCUAGAGACUUCGAAAACUAGCUCAUCAGUAGAGAAGAGCUAUGAAUUGCCUGAUGGGCAAGUCAUCACCAUUGGUGCUGAGCGUUUCCGUUGCCCAGAAGUCCUCUACCAACCAUCCAUGAUAGGAAUGGAAGCUGCAGGCAUCCAUGAAACCACAUACAACUCCAUCAUGAAGUGUGAUGUGGACAUCAGGAAGGACUUGUAUGGUAACAUUGUUCUCAGUGGUGGCACAACCAUGUUCGCUGGUAUUGCGGACAGAAUGAGCAAGGAAAUCUCCGCAUUAGCCCCAAGUAGCAUGAAAAUUAAGGUGGUUGCACCACCAGAGAGGAAGUACAGUGUCUGGAUUGGUGGCUCCAUUCUGGCAUCCCUCAGCACUUUUCAGCAGAUGUGGAUUGCAAAGACAGAAUAUGAUGAGUCUGGACCAUCAAUUGUGCAUAGGAAAUGCUUCUAAGUGUUUCAAGAAUAGGAUUUUGCUGAAGCAAGAAGAAAAAAAACGUUUAACUGCUUGGUUUCUUGGAAAGAAGUGGAUAGCUGGACACCCUUUCCUUGCAUGUUUAUUACGGUGUUGCAGUGAUGACUUUGAGAAGGCGAGGAGAUGAUUGCCAAAAUGGUCCAAUUCUUUCAUUAUUAUUAUUCACAAUUUUUUCCCUUUUUACUCCUAA